AUGACAAGUGCAAGGCCACCGGAGCAUCGUCCGUCCCCAGGAAGCGAUGAUGACUUCGUACAUAUUGAACGCACGCCCUCCGUGUAUAACUCCGGUCAGCGCCCUCCCGUUACAGACGACCAUCUCCUAGAACAAUACAACAUCGACGAUUCCGACGAACCCCAACCAAGAACGUCAGUAUCGUAUGAUGCGUUUGUUGGGGGUGGGCAUCCGGCUCAGGCUGCUGGAGCGCACCAUGCAGCGGGAGGUGUCCAAGCCUGUCUCCAGGCUCCACCCGGAGCAAGCCACUUCUACGGUGAGGGUGGAGCCAAUCGAAACUAUUCUCAGACCUCAGAUUUGCACAACUACCAGCGAUAUUCAGAUGACUUGAACGAUUUUGAUGAUGUGCGGUCAGCCCAAGGUUACUAUAACGACCAAAGUAACCUGCGCGGUGCUGUUGCUUUAAGAGAUUCUCGGGCAAGGGAUCGGAAUAGCAUAAUGACCUGGGCGGCAGCUUGGUAG